AUGGAGAGGUUUUUUAAAUCUAUACCAAAAAGUAUUGAAGCAAGAACGAGUUCAACGUCUGAUGGAAGUACUGUUGCACAAAAGAAAAGCCGUGUUGAGUUUGAUCCGAGUGAUAUUAUCGCCGACCCAGGGCUUCGAAAACCAAUUGAGGAAUAUGACACAGGAAUAAGAGAUCAAGUAAGGAAAGAGUAUUUGUUAAUGGGUCCAUGUCAACCAGUUGGCCACAAUUUUCCUAGAAAACAACAAGGAAAAGAUUUGAGAAGCUUUAAAGAAGUGUGGUUUCAAAAAUUUGAUUGGUUGGAAUAUAGUGUGGAGAAAGAUGCAGCUUAUUGUUUUUAUUGUUAUCUUUUUAAACAGUCAAGGGGAGAAAAACUUGGGAUUGAUGCCUUCACAAAGACAGGGUUUAGCAAUUGGAAGAAGGCCAUGGAAGUUUUCACUGAGCAUGUUGGUGGAGUUAAUAGCAACCACAACAAUGCAAUGCGACAUUGUGAGGAUUUCAAAAAUCAGAGGCAAAGCGUGUUGCACAUAUUCUCUUCUUAUAGGAGAGAGAUGGAGAUUGCAUAUAGAGCUCGUGUCACUGCUAUUUUACGUAUUGUUAGAUUUCUUCUAUUGCAAGGUCUUGCUUUUCGUGGACAUGAUGAAUCUUCUAGUUCCACAAAUAGGGUUAACUUUCUAGAGAUGUUGAAUUGGUAUGGGACGGAAGUUGAAAGUGUUGGUCGUGUGAUUAAUGAAAAUGCUCCUGGAAAUAAUCAAAUGACUUCUCCACAAAUACAGAAAGAGUUAGUGAGGGCUUGUGCAGAAGAGACCACACAUGUCAUUAUUGAUUAG